AUGUCGCAGCUCCCGCAAAUGAUGGACUCGCUGAGUCUCUCCUCCUCGUCCCAGCUGCAGCCGCCCCUAUCGCCAAACUCGGCAAAGGCCAACCGCCUCCCGCCCCUGAUGAAGAAGUACAUGAACCCCGGGCUGGUGCGGCCACCCAACACGGGUCUGGCGCAGCACCAGUCCGCCGCUUUGCUGAGCAUGGCGAGCGCGAGCGUUGCUGCUACGCCGAGCGGCAUCCCCAAGCCGUCGCCUAAGAAGGCUGGGUCUGCAUCCGUCACGUCCUCGCCCGCUCGGCCGCGACAGUUCACCGCCAACACGGGCAGCAUCAAGGUCGUCAAGCCGCUGCGGCCUUCGCAUACUGUGGCGUCGAACUAUGCGAAGGACGGGAGGGUCGAGCGAGAGCGUGAGCGGGAUGGCAAGGAGCACAAGGAGCACAAGGAGCCCAAGGGAGACAAGGGUGACAAGGAGAAGGAGCGAGAGAAGGAGCGCGACGCGAUCGGGACGUAUGACGGCGGGCUGGAGCGCGACGCCGCGCAAAAGGGCGAAGUGACAGGCGAGGCCGCGUCCCUGCUCGCCAUGUCGUCGACGUCGCCCUCGUCCUCUGUCCAUUUGUCACUGCACAGUUUCCAAAUCGGCCGGCCGCUGGGCAAGGGCAAAUUCGGGCGCGUGUACAUGGCACGCACAAAGGCGGCGCCGCACUUCAUCGUCGCGCUCAAGUGUCUGCACAAAUCCGAAAUCGUCGCCGGCCGCGUGGAGAAACAGGUCCGGCGUGAGAUUGAGAUCCAGCAGAAUCUCCGGCAUCCCAACAUCCUCCGGCUGUACGGGUACUUCCACGACAGCAAGCGCAUCUUCCUCGUGCUCGAGUAUGCGGCCCAUGGCGAGCUGUAUCGCCAACUGUCCAAGUGUGGGCGGUUCGAUGAGAAGCGGAGCUCAAGGUACAUUGCCCAGAUGGCCGAUGCGCUGCAGUACCUCCACCGCAAGCAUGUGAUCCACCGCGACAUCAAGCCCGAGAACCUCCUCAUUGGCCUCAAGGGGGAGCUCAAGAUUGCCGAUUUCGGGUGGAGCGUGCAUGCCCCCAGCGAUCGCAGGCAUACGCUCUGCGGCACGCUCGAUUACCUGCCCCCCGAGAUGGUGGAGGGCAAAGAGCACAAUGCCAAGGUCGACCUGUGGGCGCUCGGCGUGCUUGCUUACGAGUUUUUGGUCGGCUCCCCGCCCUUUGAGGACUUAAGUGGCCCGCAGGCGACGUACCGCCGCAUUAGGAAGGUGGACCUCAAGAUCCCGCCGCACGUCAGCGAGGACGCGGCGGACCUCAUCCGCGGCCUCCUCAAGUACAAUCCGCAGGACCGCAUGCUGCUGUCCGACGUGCUGGAGCAUCCCUGGAUCAAACGGUACGAGAAGCGGAGCCGCGCGAGCCGCCCCGAUCGCGAGCAGUAG